UUCACGCGGGGCCGCGCGGGCCGCAGCGUCAGGCAGCUCAGCCUGGAUGUGCGGAGGGUCAUGGAGCCGCUCACAGCUACGCGCCUGCAGGUUCGCAGGAAGAACACGCUGAAGGACUGCGUGGCGGUGGCUGGGCCCCUGGGAGUCACGCACUUCCUGAUCUUGAGCAGGACCGACACCAGCAUCUACCUGAAGCUCAUGCGCCUUCCAGGGGGCCCCACCUUGACCUUCCAGAUCCAUAAGUACACGCUGGUCCGCGACGUGGUCUCCUCGCUGCGGCGGCACCGCAUGCACGAGCAGCAGUUCACCCAUGCGCCUCUGCUCGUGCUCAACAGCUUCGGCCCCCACGGCAUGCACGUGAAGCUCAUGGCCACCAUGUUCCAGAACCUGUUCCCCUCCCUCAACGUGCACAAGGUGGGCCGGCCCCCAGGUGCCGCGGGACCUUGUCACGGCCUCGCUCUGUGGGGGGACAUUGAGGCCUGCAGCGCUGCAGCUGUUGGCUUGAGGUUGUGUUCAAGGGGGCGGGACCAGAGGUCUUGUUCCCACCGCUCCCGGGUGUGGAUCUUCACCCUGUGUCCCCUCGCAGUGCACAAGACGGAGGAGGAGCUCCAGGCCAUCCUGGCGGCCAAGGAGGAGAAGCUGCGGCUCAAGGCGCAGAGGCAGGAGCAGCAGGCCCAGAAUGUGCAGCGCAAGCGGGAGCGGCGCGAGGCCCACAAGAAGAAGAGCCUGGCGGGCAUGAAGAGAGCCGGGGCCCGGGCCGAAGGGGACAGCGACGCUGAAGACCCUGGGACGCCCCUAGAGGCAGCGGGGCCUGGGCGGCAGCAGGAGGAGGAGGAGGAGGAGGACGAAGCCGAGUACUUCCGCCAGGCCGUGGGCGAGGAGCCUGAUGAAGACAUGUUCCCCAGGACCAAGCGGAGACGGCUCGCCAGGCCCCCGGGCAGGAAGCAGCAGGCCAAGGAGCCGAGGCCACGAGGCCGGGGUGCCAGGCCCUGCAACUUCUCGGCAGCUGCCAACCACGUGCUCAGCAGCUACCAGGAAAACUUCCUGUGCCCCGUCCUGAUAGCCGAGUUCCUGGUGGCCAUGACUGGCAACGGCCUGGCCCUACACCGCUUACGCACCCGGGAGCCGAGGCCCUGGAACCCAGCCGUGGUCUUCUCGGUGCAGCUGGCGGUCAGCAACCUGCUCUAUGCACUGACGCUGCCCCCGCUGGCUGCCUACCUCUACCCGCCCAAGAGCUGGGCCUACGGAGCGGCCGCCUGCCGCCUGGAGCGCUUCCUCUUCACCUGCAACCUGCUGGGCGGCAUCGUGUUCCUCACCUGCAUCAGCCUCACCCGCUACCUGGGCGUCGUCCACCCCUUCUUCGCACGCUGCCACCUGCAGCCCAAGUGUGCCUGGGCUGUCAGCGUCGCAGGCUGGGCCCUGGCCGCCCUGCUGGCUGCCCCCACGCUCGUCUUCUCAGGCCUCAAGAAGCCGGUGGGGGGCCAGUGCAGCGUCUGGGCGGCAUCGUGUUCCUCACCUGCAUCAGCCUCACCCGCUACCUGGGCGUCGUCCACCCCUUCUUCGCACGCUGCCACCUGCAGCCCAACCCCAGCGCUUCAGGGCCGGGAGGGGAGCCGGAGACCCAGCCCGUCUCCAGCCUGCUCCUCACAAGGCGCUGGGCGGUGA